GAAUUCCUGCUGCUGAGCUCGGUGUAUUGUCCAAAGCUGGAUCUGCUGCAGUUGCCGUUGCUGCUGCAGGCUUCGGUGCUGCAGGUGGCGGGCCAAGGGGCGGGCCACCGGGCAAACCAGGCUUCGGACCAAGAGGUUGGCCUCGGGGCGAACCAGGCGGCGGGCCAACGGGCGGACCAAGGGCAGGAUUUGGCGUUGGCUGUGGCGAACCAGGUGGCGGGCCAACAGGUGGACCGCCUGUGCCUGAGGUUGCUGUGGGGCUGUCCCCGGCAACACUGGCAGCCAUUCCUGCUGCUGAGCUCAGUGUCUUGGCCAAAGCUGGAUGUGCUGCAGUUGCCGUUGCUGCUGCAGGCUUCGGUGCUGCAGGUGGCGGGCCAAGGGGCGGGCCACCGGGCAAACCAGGCUUCGGACCAAGAGGUUGUGUUCGGGGCGAACCAGGCGGCGGGCCAACGGGCGGACCAAGGGCAGGUUUUGGCGUUGGCUGUGGCGAACCAGGUGGCGGGCCAACAAGUGGACCGUCUGUGCCUGAGGUUGCUUUGGGGCCGUCCCCGGCAACACUGGCAGCCAUUCCUGCUGCUGAGGUGCUCGGUGUCUUGUCCAAAGCUGGAUCUGCUGCAGUUGCCGUUGCUGCUGCAGGCUUUGGUGCUGCAGGUGGUGGACCAAGGGGCGGACCACCGGGCAAACCAGGCUUCGGACCACGAGGUUGUGUUCGGGGAGAACCAGGCGGCGGGCCAACAGGUGGACCAAGGACAGGCUUGGGUGUUGGCUGCGGCAAACCAGGUGAGGGGCCAACAAGUGGACCGGCAGCACCGGCAGGCAGUCCUGCUGCUGAGCUCGCUGUAUUGCCCAAAGCUGGAUCUGCUGCAGUUGCCGUUGCUGCUGCAGGCUUCGGUGCUGCAGGAGGCGGGCCAAGGGGCGGGCCACCGGGCAAACCAGGCUUCGGACCAAGAGGUUGUGUUCGGGGCGAACCAGGCGGCGGGCCAACAGGCGGACCAAGGGCAGGCUUUGGCGUUGGCUGUGGCGAACCAGGUGGCGGGCCAACAGGUGGACUGCCUGUGCCUGAGGUUGCUGUGGGGCUGUCCCCGGCAACACUGGCAGCCAUUCCUGCUGCUGAGCUCGGUGUCUUGGCCAAAGCUGGAUGGGCUGCAGUUGCCGUUGCUGUUGCAGGCUUCGGUGCUGCGGGUGGCGGGCCAAGGGGCGGGCCACCGGGCAAACCAGGCUUCGGACCAAGAGGUUGGCCUCGGGGCGAACCAGGCGGCGGGCCAAAACCAGGUGGCGGGCCAACAAGUGGACCGCCUGUGCCUAAGGUUGCUUUGGGGCCGUCCCCGACAACACCAGCAGACAUUCCUGUUGCUGCCGAGCUCGGUGUCUUGUCCAAAGCUGGAUCUGCUGCAGUUGCCGUUGCUGCUGCAGGCUUUGGUGCUGCAGGUGGUGGACCAAGGGGCGGACCACCGGGCAAACCAGGCUUCGGACCACGAGGUUGUGUUCGGGGCGAACCAGGCGGCGGGCCAACAGGAAUUCCUGCUGCUGAGCUCGGUGUAUUGUCCAAAGCUGGAUGUGCUGCAGUUGCCGUUGCUGCUGCAGGCUUCGGUGCUGCAGGUGGUGGGCCAAGGGGCGGGCCACCGGGCAAACCAGGCUUUGGACCAAGAGGUUGGCCUCGGGGCGAACCAGGCGGAGGGCCAACAGGCGGAACAAGGGCAGGCUUUGGCGUUGGCUGUGGCGAACCAGGUGGCGGGCCAACAGGUGGACCGCCUGUGCCUGAGGUUGCUGUGGGGCUGUCCCCGGCAACACUGGCAGCCAUUCCUGCUGCUGAGCUCAGUGUCUUGGCCAAAGCUGGAUGUGCUGCAGUUGCCGUUGCUGCUGCAGGCUUCGGUGCUGCAGGUGGCGGGCCAAGGGGCGGGCCACCGGGCAAACCAGGCUUCGGACCAAGAGGUUGUGUUCGGGGCGAACCAGGCGGCGGGCCAACGGGCGGACCAAGGGCAGGUUUUGGCGUUGGCUGUGGCGAACCAGGUGGCGGGCCAGGUGGACCGCCUGUGCCUGAGGUUGCUGUGGGGCUGUCCCCAGCAACACUGGCAGCCAUUCCUGCUGCUGAGCUCGGUGUCUUGGCCAAAGCUGGAUGUGCUGCAGUUUCCGUUUUUGCUGCAGGCUUCGGUGCUGCAGGUGGCGGGCCAAGGGGCGGGCCACCGGGCAAACCAGGCUUUGGACCAAGAGGUUGGCCUCGGGGCGAACCAGGCGGAGGGCCAACGGGCGGACCAAGGGCAGGCUUUGGCGUUGGUGGCGAACCAGGUGGCGGGCCAACAGGGGGACCGCCUGUGCCUGAGGUUGCUGUGGGGCCGUCCCCGGCAACACCGGCAGGCAUUCGUGCUGCUGAGCUUGGUGUCUUGGCCAAAGCUGGAUGUGCUGCAGUUGCCCUUGCUGCUGUAG